GAGUAGGUAGUUGAUCUUUUGACUCGAUUUUUUUGGUAGGUUUAGGCUUGGUAGAGCUGGGAGCUUGCAGAGUAGGGUAGAAGAUUAGUAGGUAGUUGAGCUUUGACUUGUUUUUUCGAUGGGUUUAGGCUUGUUUGAGCUGGCCGUUGGGAGCUCGCGGAUUAGAGUAGAAGAUUAGUUCAGCUUUUUCUCGCUUUUCGCAGGUUCAAGCUUGGUGGGAGCUUGGGAGCAUUGUAUCUGUUGUAGUAUUUGUCUUAUGCAUGUCUUUUCUUAGUAGUGGAAUCGCACAAGUGUAUAGACGACCUUAGAUAGGAGAGUCAGAGGUUGCGGAUUAUGGUAGAAGUUUAGUAUGUAGUUGAGCUUCUGACUCGCUUUUGUGGGUUUAGGCUUGGUUAGAGCUGAGAGCUCGCGGAUUAGGAUAGAAGAUUAGUAGGUAGUGGAGCUUCUACUUGCUUUUCGGAGGGUUCAAGCUGGUUGGAGCCUGGAAGUGCUAUGUUUAUUAUACUACUAGUUUUAUGUAGUUGAACUUUGACUCGCUUUUCGGCGGGUUUUGGCUUGGUUAGAGCUGGGCGCUUGCGGAUUAGGGUAGAAUGUUAGUAUGUUGUUGAGCUUUGACUUGCUUUUUGGCGGUUCAGACUUGGUGGGAGUCUGGUAGCGUUGUAUUUAUUGUAGUAUCAGUCUUAUGUAGUUGAACUUGACUCGUUUUUGGUGGGUUUAGGCUUUGUUAGAGCCGUGAGCACGUGGAUUAGGGUAGAAGGUUAGUAGGUAGUUGAGGUUUGACUUGCUUUUUGGCAGGCUUAGGCUUGUUUAGAGCUAUUAGCUUGCGAAUUAGUAUAGAAGGUUAGUAGGAAGUUGGGUUUCACUUGUUUUUUAGGCUUGGUGAGAGCUGGGAGCUCGCGGAUUAGAGUAUAAAUUUAGUAGGUAGUUUUCAUUUGUUCUAGCCUUGAUGGACAGUUACGUGCUACGGUACCUGUUGCCGGUGGGAGGUGGCUAGUUGAGCUUUGACUCGCUUUUCGGCGGGUUUAGCCUUGGUGGGAGCACUGUGUCUGUUGUGAUAAACCAGUGUAAGAAUGAUAGCAGCUAUUUCAUGGGUUCCAAAAGGGGUUGCAAAGGCAGUCCCAGCUGAGGCUGAGCCCCCUUCGAAUGAAGAAAUUGAGGAGCUUUUGAAGAGUGGUCUCCUCGAUAAACGUGAAGAUAGCGAUGAUAAGGAAGCUGAAGAUGAUAUGAAUGUCGAUGAAUCCAAGGAAAAUGAGGAUGAUGAAGUUGCUCAUGCAUUAGUGGCUGCUGAUGCACUUGGAAAGGCUACACAAGUUGCGUCUGUAGGAACCGAUGACAUAACAGAUGGUUUAAAGGAAUUGGACAUGGACAACUAUGAUGAGGAGGAGGAUGGAAUCGAGCUUUUUGGUUCAGGACUCAAAGAUGUGUACUAUGCAAGUAAUGACAUGGACCCAUAUCUCAAGGAUAAGGAUAACGACUCUGAAGAUGAUGACGACAUGAUAAUAAGACCGGAUGAUUCUGUUAUAGUUUAUGCUACCAAUGAGGAUGAUGUCAGUCAACUCGAGAUAAUGAUCGUGGAAGAUUUAUCAGAUGGUGAAAUAAGCAUGUAUGUUCACCAUGCUCUUAUUAUACCUGCCUUUCCUCUUUGCACAACAUGGCUCGAUUGCCCUAUUAAAGGCGGGGAGAGAGGUAAUUUCAUAGCUGUGGGUUCAAUGGAACCAGCAAUCGAAAUUUGGGACAUUGACAUAAUAGACGAGGUGCAACCAUCUGUUAUUUUAGGUGGCAUUGAUGAGAUAAAGAAAAAAGGGAAAAAGAAAUCUAUCAAAUACAAGAAGGAUAGCCACACGGAUGCAGUACUUGGUCUUUCUUGGAACAAGGAAUAUAGGAAUAUACUUGCUAGUGCUAGUGCUGAUCAUUCAGUCAAGGUUUGGGAUGUGACUACCGAAGCGUGUAAUCUCACUAUGAACGACCAUACAGACAAGGUUCAAGCAGUUGCAUGGAAUCCAUUUGCACCACAGAUUCUUCUGAGCGGUUCAUUCGAUCAUACAGUUUGCUUGAAAGAUGGGAGGAAACCCUCUCACAGUGGAUAUAAGUUUUCAGUUGGAGCCGACGUUGAAAGCCUGGCUUGGGAUCCACAUUCGGAGCAUUCAUUUGUGGCUAGCUUGGAGAACGGUACAGUCAGUAGUUUUGAUAUCCGUGCUGCUAGUUCUGAUUCGACUUCCGAGACAAAGCCAAGUUUCACCAUUCAUGCUCAUGAUAAAGCAGCGUCUUCGGUGUCCUUUAAUCCCCUAGUCCCAAAUCUUCUGGCAACUGGUUCCACGGACAAGACGGUUAAAUUAUGGGAUUUGACCAACAAUCAACCUUCUUGUGUCACGUCUAAGAAUCCGAAAGCUGGAGCCGUCUUCUCUGUAUCUUUCUCGGAUGAUUGCCCCUUUUUGCUUGCUAUCGGUGGCUCUAAAGGGAAUUUGCAGCUAUGGGAUAUUUCGUCUGAAGACUCCGUGUUGAAGAAAUAUGGGAAAUACGCUGCACAAAAAAAGGCGUCGCCCAACUCAUAAUCCAAAUGUAAUUUUCAAGAUAUCGAUUAUGAGUGAGCGCGUAUCGUAUGAACAUGGUAAAUUUCGCUGUUGCUGCACAUUGACUGGACCAAGUGAAGAGUUUGGUGGAAUCAAGAUUUUCAUCGAACAUGUAUCGCGACAAAGAUCAGGGUCCAAAUCUUAACUGAGAUUGAAAAAUGCUAGGUGAUCUCUUUCCGUUUGCUUCAAUUUUGUCAGGCAGAGUUAUCUCGUACUUGUGUUGGUCGAAGGUAGCAGAUUACCGAUGAUGUAAUAGCUUACGAUCGAGCUAUUCGAACACGAGUAUUAUCUAGAAAAAAAAGUACACUGAACAUGUUGGUUGAUUUUUUAUUUUUUUUAAUUUACCAAAGUCUAUCAGGGUGAAAUAUGAAAGUAGGAAAAGUUUGUUCUAUAUUGUUAACUUUAAUGUUAUGCAAUUCUGGAAAAUUUUCUUUUUGUGAAGAAA